AUGGGCUGGCUCAUCCCCCUGCCGGAAGCCUGGGCCGGGUCCAGGCUUGGACAGAACAAGCUGGGUUUCAUCGGGGCCAGAAAACAUGAGGCUCUGGCCCAGCGCGCCGGGCAGCCCUUCCAGGGCACGUGGGCGGGGCCGGGAGGCCUCCACCGUAGGCUCCCCUCGGCCAGCCGGGGGCCGGGGGCCUGCCCUGGCCCGGUGCCGGCCUUGGGGGGCCAGGUGGGCAUCCAGCAAGGGUGUCUGCUGGCCUGGCCUCCAUCCCACGAGCCCGUGGGGCCCGUGAUGGGAGCGUGGCAGGGCUCCGGCUGCUGGCCCCUGGCAGGGGUGGGGGCGGGGUUCGGGCAGCCUUGGGGUCGAGGCCCCACGCCACCUGGUGUGAAUCCUGAGCUGCUGUCUGGGGCCGGGCGGCCUCAGCCCCACCCUCCCAUCCGGGAUGUGGGCCCCAGAGACGCAGGGAGAGUGAGCCGUGGGGAGGAGAGCGGGGCGGGAAGCUCGGCAGAGGGGCCCUGCCCGCCCCCGGGGACCCUGUCAGGACAGUCUCCUCUCCUCUGUGCCAGUCAGGGCUACAGACAGGGAGAGGGCUCACCUCCUGUCCUGGCUGUGCUGGGGGCCGAGGAGGUCCAGCAGAGGAGAGUGCCCGAGGAGAUGAGUCGGGGGGUUGGGGGGUCUCUGUUGGGGACCCAGAGUCAGUCUGGGUCUUCGUACCGCUCUCACCAGCCCCUGGUGCGCAGGCUGACGGGGGCCCCAGGUGGAGGCUCCCCGACGCUGACACAGCAGGUGGAGCCCAGGGAGUGGCCGCCACCAGCACCCAGGCCGGACAAGACGCCAGCAGACGCUCCAGACCCACCUGUCGCGGCGCUGGGAGCCCUGCCCCUGCAGCUGGACCGGAGCCUCCCCGCCCACGUCUCGGGGCCUGUCUCCCCCCCCCCCCCCCCCGCGGGGCACCCGCGCACCUGCGUCAGCUCUGGGCACGCUGCCAGCCCUGGCCCUGCUUGGCCAACCCCCUGCGGGCAGGCUCUUCUCUUCCAGACAUUUCUGGAAGCGUCUGAGGGCUGUGGCGAGGAGGUGGGGGGUGGGGGAGGGAAGGAGGGAAGCGGGAGACAGGGCGUCUGGGCCGGGCCGGAGCCGCAGGCCUCCCCGCUGGGGCUGGGAAGGCCCACCCUGACUGCUGUCGCCCUGUUCCCCAGCCUCCGCGGAGGCCACCGGGUAGCUGUGGGCAGCACCCUGGAGCAGCCCACACGCCGCCUGCUCCAGCUGUCCCAGGUGCCACCAGCCCUGCGGGGGACGCGCUCUGGGUGUCACAGGAGGGGGCGACCGCGGCAGCCGCUCUCCUGGGAAUGUGCUUGGGCUGCUCUUCUUUCCCCCGCCGCGCCCGGCGCCGGCCCGCAUCAGGGCACCGUCCCGCGACAGGGCACCGCCCCGGGGCACGGGCAGCGCUGGACCCACCACGCCGGCUCCGUGGCCGCCACACGCUGGGUGGACGGAGCCGGGCUUUGUGCCGUGUGGGUCCGCGGAGGUUUCGGCUCUGCUAAUAAGAGCCGGGGCGCCGCGGCCGCCUGGCACUGGGCUCUGAGCCGGGGCUGCAAGGCCCCUCCCCCACUGUGCGGGCCCCAGUCCAGGCUUCAAAAUGACUACCUGCGGCCCGGCGGGCGUUUCUGUCCACGUCAAGGCUUCCUGCUGGACGCCCAGGAGGAGGGAGGCCGGGUGGGAGCCCAACCCGGGUUUGCGCCUUGCUGCGGUCCCGUCCUCCCGUGCCCCGUGCCGGUGUGGGGUCGCUUCCAGAUUUCAGCUUUAAGACGUUUCCACUGUGGUCACAGCGGCCGGCACGCCCAGGCCAGUAGAGAGUCCAACGCUGGUCCCCAGUGGGAACAGGAUGUCCCCGGGGUGCGAGGCGCCUCCCCCAACCCCCGGACCUUGGCACUGGAAGCAGGGUCCCCCGGCGGCUUCAACGUCAGUGACCUUUCCGUGCGUCUGUGCUGCGGCUUCUCUCUGGAGCUGCUUAGAGCGCAGGAGGAGGUGCAGCCCGGAGCCUCCGCCCGCUUCCUGAGCCCUGCCCGGGCCCUCGGCCUCCCCGGGCCCCUCGGCCUCGCCCGGCCCCCUCGGCCUCCCCGGCCUGCGGCUGCGGCCACGCGCGGCGGCGCUGAGAGGCGCCAGCAGGUGGCGCCGCCGGCCCGCGGGGACGCGGCCCUGCGCAGGCGGAGGCGCGCCGCCAGGGGGCGCGAGGCCCCCCGCCGCCCGGGCCGGCCUGUGCCCCGCGGGGCCCGGCGGGAGAGCAGGGGCCGGCGUGGCCGUCCGUCCGCGGGGACGUCACGCGUCUGCAGCCUUCCACGCGCCUGGGGCCCCGAAGGGGAGACCGAGGCGGGCGGCCGUCGGCGCUCACCCGGCCCGGGUUCCGCCGCCUGCGGGGCUGCGGGGGGCCCGGUCUCCGGUCGCCCCUGCUCCCCGCGAGCCCCGGGCAGCCGCGCCUUGGGGAGCAGCCGCAGGGGCGCGCGGAAGGCCGAGGCCCCCCGCGGACGGGGCGGGCAGCCCUCCGCCCCGAGGCCGGGCCCGCCGGGCCCAGGGAGCCGCUGCGGCGCCCGCAGGGGAAGCCGGGGGCCUGGGCGCUGCGCCCGAGGCGGCUGCCGGCCCGGCGGCGGCUGUGUCUUGGGCAGCGUGGCCGGAAGGCGCCCGCCCCCUCCGCGGGGCUGCGGAGCCCCCGAGGGACCGCAGGGCCGGGUUGCUGGGUGCUCGGUGGGCCGCAGGGGGCCCCAGGCUGGGCUGGAGCCCGUCCUGGGAGCCUUCUUCCGGGACUAG